AAACAAUAGUCGAUCAGAAAAUAGGAGAAGCACAAUAAGGUCUAUACUACCAGCAACUGGUAGUAAUAGGGAGCCAUUAAGGAGAUGGAGAUAUCAAGAUGCAAACCAAGUCCCCCACCAAGACUCACAAUAUUUCUCAGAAACAGACGACGAAGCUUCGGAUACUAG